AUGGCUUCGACCGUUGUUGAGAUAGAUGGACUGCCAAGAAAGAUUCCUGGAACGCUUCAUCUUGUUGAUUUGCAUCACACCCUUCACACUCAGCAUGCCGACGGGGGGGAUAUUGUUCUCGAUCCCACGCCUUCACAGGAUCCAAAUGAUCCCCUGAACUGGAGUCCGAGAAGAAAGAUACUCUCUACUAUUUGUGCGAAUCUGUACACCUGGUGUACCGGAGUUGCUGUCUCCACGGUAUAUUCGGUUCUCGUCCCCAUUUCCCAAGCCACCGGGAUCUCCGUCACGACAUUGAAUCAGGGGACUGGUUACAUGUUCUUGUUUCUGGGCUGGGGGCUCUUGUUCUGGCAGCCGUUUGCGCUCCGCUAUGGCAAGCGUCUAACUUUUCUCAUCUCGGUUCUGGGUGCCAUCGCGACCAGCAUGUGGAGCCCAUAUGUCCGCAGUAACGGAGAAUGGAUUGCAAGAUGCAUCGUUAUGGGAUUCUUCAUUGCGCCCAUCGAAGCACUACCAGAGAUCUCCGUAACGGAUAUAUAUUUUACCCAUCAACGCGGUACCUGGAUGGGUGUGUAUGCCUUCAGUCUCGCAGGCAGCAACUACUUCACUCCUGUGAUAUGUGGCUUCAUCGCCGACCAACAGAGUUGGGCCUGGGUGUUCUAUUGGGCAUCCAUAUUCAACGGGGCAGCAUUCAUCUUCCUGUUCCUCUUCCAAGAGGAGACAAACUAUACACGUAAGACAGUCGGAAUUGUCGAGGAUAACGGACCGUCGCACGGCGAGAGUGCUGUAAUCGAACAGAAUUCAGACAAGAACCCAACGUUUGCUGAUGCACCACUAACCCAGUCAAGAACACAGGAAGGUGAAAUACUCAACGACGAGAAAUCCUUCGUCCAGAAACUAUCCGUGUGGAGCCCGACGACAGGUCCGACCAUGUUUCAACGAGCUCUGCGAAGUCUCAAAUACCUCUCCUGGCCGGUCAUCUUCUAUGCGGGGUUCUCUUACGGGUCAGGUUUGAUAUGGUUCAAUAUAACCAAUGCCACCGCAUCAGUCAUUCUAUCCGGGCUGACCUACAACUUUUCAUCAUCGAUGGUCGGGCUCAGCUACCUUUCAUGCUGUGUCGGCGUGAUUGUUGGAAGUUUGAUCUCAGGGAGACUGAGCGACUGGUUAACAAUUAGGCUUGCGAGGCGAAAUGGUGGCUUUAUGGAGGCUGAGCAUCGCCUGUGGCCGUUUGUCAUCUGUGUUGUCGUGAUUCCCAGUGCGUCGAUUCUUUGGGGUGUGGGGGCAGCUUAUUCGAUCUCUUGGGUCGGGCUUAUUUUUGCCAUGGGCAUGCUGGCCAUGACUACAACCAUGGGUGUGUCGUUGAGUGUCAACUAUCUGAUCGACAGCUACCACGACAUUAGCACGGAUGCUCUCGUCACUGUGAUUCUUGUCCGCAACACCAUGUCCUUUGCGGUUAGUUAUGGCAUCACUCCCUGGGUGAACAAUCUCGGAAUUCGCAACUGCUUCAUCUCUACAGCAUUCGUUGGGAUGGCUGCCUCAUCAGUGUUCCUCUUCAUGAUUUGGUUCGGAAAGAGACUUCGGGCUCGAAGUGCGGCUGACUAUUGGAAACUCGUCGAGGCUUAUCACGCGGGCGCUCAGCAUUGA